UCCAGCCGAGCCGAGCCGGUGGCCCCCGGCCGCAGCCCCCGGGAGACAUUGUCUUUACAUGUUUGAGGAGGGAGCCAAGCCCAGGGAAGUGGAAGUUGCCUUGAGCGGAUUCUCUGUGUGAUUCAGAAUGAUUGAGGAGAGUGGGAAGAGGAGGAGGACAAUGGCAGAGAAGAGACAGCUCUUCAUGGAAAUGAGGGCUCAGAACUUUGAUGUCAUCAGACUUUCUACGUAUCGGACAGCCUGUAAACUGCGGUUUGUACAGAAAAGAUGUAAUCUUCAUCUUGUUGAUAUCUGGAACAUGAUCGAAGCCUUCAGAGAUAAUGGCCUUAACACUCUGGAUCACAACACAGAGAUCAAUGUGUCCCGCCUGGAAACAAUCAUCUCCUCUAUCUACUACCAGCUGAACAAGCGCCUGCCUUCUACGCACCAAAUCAGCGUGGAGCAGUCCAUCAGCCUCCUCCUCAACUUCAUCAUAGCGGCGUACGACAGCGAGGGCCAUGGGAAGCUGACGGUGUUUUCCGUGAAAGCCAUGUUAGCCACCAUGUGCGGAGGGAAAAUCCUGGACAAGCUGAGAUACAUCUUCUCCCAGAUCUCCGACUCCAACGGGCUGCUGAUAUUCACCAAGUUUGACCAGUUUUUGAAGGAGGUUCUGAAGCUGCCGACGGCCGUGUUCGAAGGGCCCUCCUUCGGGUACACGGAGCACUCGGUGCGGACGUGCUUCCCGCAGCAGAAAAAGAUCGCGCUCAACAUGUUCUUAGACACGCUGAUGGCCGACCCGCCUCCCCAGUGCCUUGUGUGGCUGCCCCUCGUGCACAGACUUGCCCACGUUGAAAACGUCUUCCACCCCGUGGAAUGUUCCUACUGCCGCUGCGAGAGCAUGAUGGGCUUCAGGUACCGGUGCCAGCAGUGCCACAACUACCAGCUGUGCCAGACGUGCUUCUGGCGCGGCCACGCCAGCGGCCCGCACAGCAACCAGCACCAGAUGAAGGAGCACUCCUCCUGGAAGUCGCCGGCCAAGAAGCUGAGCCACGCGAUCAGCAAGUCCCUGGGCUGCGUGCCCAGCAGGGACCCGCCGCGGCCCGUCUUCCCCGAGCAGCCCGAGAAGCCCCUCGACCUGGCACAUAUCGUCCCUCCUCGCCCCCUCGCUAACAUGAACGACACCUUGGGGACCCACAUGUCCUCCGGAGCACCCACUCCCACCAAAAGGUGGCAGGCGAGGCCGGCGGCGGCGGCGCGCGGCGCGGACGAGCACGCGCUCAUCGCCAGCUACGCGAGCCGCCUUGCCCACAGCGCCCGCGUCCUGGACAGCCCGGGCCGGCUGGACGAGGAGCACCGGCUGAUCGCCCGCUACGCCGCCCGCCUCGCCGCCGAGGCCGCCAGCGCCCCUCGCGCACCUGCAGACCUGGCCUUCAACUUCGACGCCAACAAGCAGCAAAGGCAGCUGAUAGCAGAGCUGGAGAACAAGAACAGGGAGAUCCUGCAGGAGAUCCAGCGGCUGCGCCUGGARCACGAGCAGGCGUCGCAGCCCACGCCGGAGAAGGCGCAGCAGAACCCCACGCUGCUGGCCGAGCUGCGGCUCCUGCGGCAGAGGAAGGAUGAACUGGAGCAGAGGAUGUCCGCGCUGCAGGAGAGCAGGAGGGAGCUGAUGGUGCAGCUCGAAGGGCUCAUGAAGCUGCUCAAAGAAGAAGAGCAAAAGCAGGCAGCGCAGGCGUCGGGCUCGGCACCCUCGUCGCCGCCGCCCGCCGCGGGCCGCCCCGUGCCCAUGCCCAUGCCCAUGCCCGUGAGGUCGCCGUCCUCCACGCCGACGCACGCGCCGCCGGAGCCGCCCGCCGCGCAGGACGCCCCGGCGCACGGCGCCAGGAGGAACCUGCGCGACGAUCUGCUGGUGGCCGCCGACUCCAUCACGGACACCGUGUCGUCCCUGGUGAAGGAGCUGCACUCGGCAGAGGAAGAAGAUGAAGAGGAAAGAGGAGCAAUGCAGAAUGGGAAGGACCAAGGCUAGGUAGAGGCCCACGGAGUGCACCGCAGUGCGGGUGAGUGUGGACGCCCCUUCCGCUCCCGUUACACCGAGCCCUGCGCUGUACAGACUGCAGCCGACUGAGCCCCGGGUGCCCUGUGUAGCGCUGCAGGGUGGGGACCCUCCCUGCCGUAACCAGCAGCACCCAGGACAGGGUUUGC